GUCGAGACUUAUUGGUUUGCCAAAUAGCCAGCUUUACUUUAGCGACAUCCACGAGCCAUGGCAGAAAGACCAGCAGCCGAGAUUGCAGUUCCAUCAAAGGAUCCAAAAGAGAAGAAGAAAGAGGAAGACAAGAAACCAGACACCAAGGCCAAUGGUGUCAAGGACGAGGAGGAGGAACUAUCGGAAGAAGAUGCACAGCUCAAAUCUGAGCUGGAGAUGCUCAUUGAACGGUUAAAGGAAUUAAAUACAGACCUCUAUCGUCCUGCUCUUGAGACGCUUCGGACACUUAUAAGAACGUCAACGUCGUCCAUGACAUCCGUUCCCAAACCACUCAAGUUCCUACGCCCACAUUAUCCCGGCCUGCAGACCCUGUUUGAAACAUGGCCUGCAUCUGAAAACAAGAGUCUAUUCGCCGAUAUUCUCUCUGUUCUCGCCAUGACCUACUCCGAUACCGAACCACGAGGAACUCUCCGCUACCGCCUUCUGUCCGCAUCUCUCCUCCCUCCUACAUCCAAAAUCUCUGAACCAGGCUCUUGGGGACACGAAUACGUUCGUCAUCUUGCCGCUGAACUAGGAGAGGAGUACACUAUCCGCCAAGACGGUGAAGAAGUAGUCCCCCCACCGGCACCGGAGGCUGAUUCAGACACGCCUAAAUCGAAGCCUGAUCCGGUCCCUGGCACUAUCGAAGACUUACACAACCUCGGUUUAGAAUGCGCCACAUUCUUCUUGGGGCACAAUGCCGAACCAGAUGCUGUAGACUUGUUCGUGGAGCUCGAGAUUGUUGACCGGAUAGCAAGUCUCGUGGACGCGAACACGUUCGGUCGUGUGUGCGCUUAUAUGGAUCGAUGUGUCAUGCUCCUCCCUCCUCCUGACGAUGUUACCUUCUUGCGCACGAUACACAAGAUCUACCUCCGAUUCUCCAAAUUCCCCGAAGCCCUCAGCGUCGCGAUCCGCCUGAACGACGCUGAGCUCAUCCGACAAGACUUCAACGCCUCAGGUAACCCGAUAAUGAAGAAGCAACUCGCUUUCCUUCUUGCACGUGCACAAAUUCCUAUUGAAUGGCUGAAACCGCCUGCUUCAGAAGACGCAGACGCAGAAGAUGAACUGCCAGAAGACAUUCUAGAAUGUUUAAGUAACACACAGCUCAGUAGACAUUUCAAGGAGUUCGGAAAAGAAGUGGGUGUUGCAGAUCCGAAGAGCCUCGAGGAUGUCUACAAGAGUCAUCUAGAAACUACGAGAUCAGGGCUGUCCGCCAAUGUUGACUCGGCUCGUGCUAAUCUUGCAGGCACAUUCGUCAACGCGUUCGUUAACGCUGGCUUUGGUAAUGAUAAAUUGAUGGUGGAAGCCGAAGAGGGCAACAGCUGGGUGUACAAGAACAAAGAUCAUGGCAUGAUGAGCGCUGCGGCCAGUCUUGGACUCGGACUCCUCUGGGACACAGAUGUCGGUCUCAGCCAUAUCGACAGAUAUACAUACUCCCCUGAAGAGUGGAUCAAGGCUGGUGCAUUUUUCGCUACAGGCUUGCUAAACGCAGGCGUACGUACAGAAGCAGACGCCGCACUCGCUCUACUAGCCGAACACGUAGAAAACAAAUCUGUCCCGCUCAAAAUCGCCGCAAUCAUGGGCCUUGGGGUAGCAUAUGCAGGCUCUCACCGCGAGGACUUACUCGCACUCCUCCUUCCUGCGGUCGCGGACGACGGCGUGUCGAUGGAGAUCGCUGCGCUCAGCGCUCUCGCAUUGGGGUUCGUGUUCGUGGGCAGCGGAAACGGGGAGAUUACGAGCACGAUCUUGCAGACGCUCAUGGAGAGGGAUGAUAAGGCACUAGAUGAGAAGUGGGGACGCUUCAUGGCUUUGGGGUUGGCGCUUCUCUAUGUUGGCUUGCAAGAUGCUUCGGAUGCAACGCUUGAGACGCUGAAGGCUAUUCAGCACCCUAUCUCGAGGCAGGCGCAGAUUCUUGUGGAGGUAUGCUCAUUUGUUGCCACGGGGAAUGUCCUGCGGGUCCAGAGAUUGCUGCACUUGUGUGGCGAGCACCUUGAUGCCCUCAAGGAGAAGGAGAAGGAGCAGGCUGAGAGCGCGGAGGCGAAGAAGGAUGAGAACAAGGAUGAGAAGAAAGAAGACGAAGAGAAGAAACCUGACGACACAUUCCAAUCGUUCGCCGUUCUUGGUAUUGCGAUGAUCGCCAUGGGAGAGGAUAUUGGUGCUGAGAUGUCCAUGAGACAGUUCAACCACCUGAUGCACUAUGGCGACCCCAUCAUCCGCAAAUCCGUUCCCCUGGCUCUCGGCCUCAUCAGCGCCUCAAAUCCACAGCUUCCCGUCCUCGACACGCUCUCAAAAUACAGCCACGACCACGACCUCGCGGUCGCACUCAACGCCAUCUUUGCAAUGGGCCUCGUCGGCGCGGGAACUAACAAUGCACGGCUCGCACAGAUGCUCCGUCAGCUCGCGGGAUACUACUACAAGGAGCCCGACUGUUUGUUCAUGGUCCGCAUCGCUCAAGGUCUCGUGCACAUGGGUAAGGGCACGAUUGGGAUCAACCCUUUCUUCUCGGACAGGAACAUCAUGAGCCGACCAGCUAUUGCGGGUUUACUGGCGACGAUCAUGGCGUUUACGGAUGCUAAAGCCUUUGUACUUGAUAAGUACCACUGGAUGCUAUACUUCCUCGUGACUGCUAUGUACCCUCGCUUCCUCAUCACGCUCGAUGAGAACCUCGAGACCAAGCCUGUCACGGUUCGCGUCGGUCAGGCUGUGGACGUCGUUGGCCAAGCAGGCAAGCCACGCACGAUAUCAGGUUUCCAGACGCAUCAGACACCUGUACGGCUGGGGACGACAGAGCGCGCGGAGUUGGCGACGGAGGAAUUCAUCCCGUAUGCGCAUGUUCUAGAGGGCUUUGUUAUAUUACAGAAGAAUCCUGGGUGGGAGAAGGAGGAUACGAUGCAGGUAUAGGUGUAGGUAUAUGAUGUGUCGUUGUACGUGAAAACUUGAAACACGGGAUAGUAACACUUGUUUUAUGACCAAAUGGAACGUAUCCUCGACUCCACGUCAUUUCCCAAUGCGAUGUCGCCGGUCGUUGUUGAGCUGAUACGCUUCUGCGAUCAUGACUCAUGAUAUUUGUGG